AUGUCGAUCCCACAAGUGAAUCCUGCAACAGGGAGGAAGUUGGAGCCUGUAGAGCCCAACUCCAUGGAGGACGUGAAACGCGCCGUCUCCCACGCGCAGGAGGCACAGAAGGCGUGGGCGUCCCUCUCUUUUGGGGAGCGGGCGAAACAUGUGAGAAAAGUGAAGCGUUUCUUAGCAGAUAACGCGGAACGUGGCGCAGCCAUCAUCUCGCAAUGUAACGGCAAAACGCGUCAUGAUGCGUUGGGGACGGAGAUCCUGCCAGGCGUGAUGGCCUGUGAAUGGUACGCGGCGAAUACUGCCCGUGUUCUCGCCCCACAGAAGCUGCCUUGUGGAAAUAUGUUGUUUUUCAACAAGUCAAAUACGCUUCAAUACAUUCCUCUUGGCGUUGUUGGAAUCAUUACUGCGUGGAACUUCCCGUUCACGAUUCCAUUUAUUGAGGUAAUUAUGGGAUUGAUGGCAGGCAAUGGCGUUGUACUGAAGGUGGCAACGCCGACGGCGCACGUUGGUCGAUUUAUAGAAGAGUGCAUCAACGCCGGGGAUUUUCCUUCCGGCCUUUUUGCCCACGUCGUCAUGCAAGGUGCUGAUGUUGCCUUGGGAAUGUUGCAGGCAGGUGUGGACAAGAUUUUCUUUACCGGGAGCGUGCGGGUUGGGAAGCAACUUAUGGCCCUUGCAGCGGAAACCCUCACACCGGUGUCGCUGGAGCUCGGUGGGAAGGACCCAAUGAUUGUGCUUGCCGACGCGUCCAUUGAGCGGGCCGUGAACUGUGCGUUGUGGGCUGGAUUUCAAAAUGCAGGACAGUCCUGUGGAGGUGUGGAACGUAUUUAUGUUCAUGAGUCCAUACAUGACAAGUUUCUUGCGGAGUUGGCCGCGAAGACGAGGGCGCUGCGGCAUGGAGCGGAUCUGAACUUCAACGUUGACAUUGGGGCGGUGACCACCAAAUCCCAACUCCAAACCAUUAAGGAGCACGUGGAGGAAGCCGUUUCCCGUGGGGCCCGUAUCGUGGCGCAGAGCACUCCGACGGGGGAUGUUUCCAGUGGAAAUUUUUAUCCUGCCACAGUGUUGACAGGAGUGACAGCCGACAUGCGUGUUAUGCGGGAGGAAACAUUUGGCCCUGUUCUGCCCGUGGUGCCAUUUACGACGGAGGCAGAUGCAAUUGCUAUGGCGAAUGACUGCAGAUUUGCACUGACGAGUAGUGUGUUUUCUAGCAGUCGCGCCAACGCUCGCCGUGUGGCGGACAAACUGGAGAGUGGUGUGGUGAGCAUCAACGAUCAUCUUUACUCGCAUGGUAUGAGCGAGUCACCGUGGGGUGGGUGGAAAAAUAGCGGCAUUGGUCGCACUCACGGUGUGUUGGGACUAAGAGAAAUGUGUAAUGUGCGCUGCAUCAACGAUGACUGUCUUCCUAGUGGGUGGGUUCACCGGGAUCUGUGGUGGUUCCCACAUAGUAACGAGUCGUACAAUACACUCCUGCACGCUGUCGCCGUUGUGGCCCCACAUGGAUUUGUAAACGCGUUGUUGAAUCUUGUCUCGCUGGGGAAGCGAAUUGGCGUAAUGUUCCGACCCUGGUCUGUUACCACCGCCGCUAACGGUAAGGCAGUGACGUGUGAAGGGCUACAAAAGGAAAUUAAAAAGUAG